UGGAAGCGCCCACCAAUCUGAGCGUCACAGGCCCGACAAUAAAUGUCGAACAAAUGCCGACUUUGGUCCAUCUCGUCUACAUCCACGGGUUUCAAGGGAACGAUACCACUUUCCAGGCGUUCCCGAGACACCUCCAGGAGUACCUAGCUACUCAUAUACCUCAGCACCUCGACAUCAAGAUCCAGAGCAGCCUCUACCCGACUUACAAGAGCGUCAAACCGAUAUCGCAUGCAACGAGGAACUUUCUCGAAUGGCUCUCUACGCAACCUCCAGGUCCUGUUAUCCUCCUAGGACACUCUAUGGGAGGUCUUCUGGCUGCAGAGGCGGCCACGGACCACUCGAAUAACCCAGAGAGCUACCCUGGCGCGAAACCGAAGCGUAUGAUCGGUUUGAUAGCGUUUGAUACUCCAUACCUUGGCAUGCACCCUCACGUCGUGAUUACUGGCCUUGCGUCUUUGCUACCGAAAGGCGAUGAGGAAAAGGAGAAGACAGAGGGGUCGAUGAACCAGCACCCACAGGUGAACGUCGUUGACGAGCAUGUUACGGAUGAUUGGGAGGCGUUCAAGAAGCAGCAACACAGCCAUCCCAAGCGCGCACCAUACUCCUCCGAUAGCUCUUCCAUCCAGUCUUCCGUCUCCCGAGACACACUGCUUUCACCAUCUUCUACCAGUCAUUCGCUCUCAUCGCCCCCACGCAGCCGGUCGCCCUCUCCAUUCAUAGAAAAAGCCAUAUCCUUCAUCGAAGAGCAUGCCGACGAGCCAGUCGUCCGUUGGAUCCGCAAGCACGCUGACGACCCCUUCUCCGCGAGCAAGCGCUGGAUCGUCGAGCGCUUCCAGUUCGGAAUCUGCAUGUUCGACCCUCCUGGACUCCAGGAACGCUAUACGGGUUUGGUGAAUUGGGAGGGAGGGAAGUGGGUGAAUUAUUGGACGCAGACGGUCCCGAAGCUGAAGCCUCGGGAAGAGGAUGUGCAGACGAUCAGCAGCCGAUCUUCGAGCUUCGAAAGAGUUGACAACAACGAGGCCUUGUUCGCAAAUGGGAUUAUUCCGUCAUCGAAUUCUAAGGGAGGCCCAGAUGGAGAGCAAUCUGUAUCUAUUGCUCCAACGAAGUCUGAGGCGAAAGCUCUUCAGAAGGGAAUAGAGAAGCAGGCCAAGGAGGAAGAGAAGCAGGCCAAGGAGGAAGAGAAACGUGCAAAGCAGGAAAAAAAAGAUAGACUGAACGCUUUGAAGAAAUCAGAAAAACAGAAGGCAGGCAGGCACUUUGUCGUCCUUCCCAACGGGAUGGGGCAGUUCCUCGGCGGUAUGGAAAGAUGGGAGAACGUUCUCAUUGCAGGCGUCGAGGACGAGGUCAAUGCUCAUCUGGGUCUUUUCAUACCCCACCACAAUUUAGACUAUCCAGUUCUGAUCGAGCGAGUCGCGAACAGGGUUUUCGAAUGGUGUGAAGACCUCUCGCACUUUUCUAGAUAAG